GUUACUAUUGGAAAAGAAAAGGAAAUUAAGGUGGGGAAGUGAGGAGUGGUGAGAUAAAAGAAGUGCAGAGCAAAUCACAUGAUGCGAGGGAAAACAAAGGACUAAAAUCUCAACUACGACACAAGCUUAAAACAAGUAGUCAAAAAAAGAAAAACAAAAGAAAGCUGAAGAUAGAGACACGAGAGAGAAAACAAAGUGAGCGGUUUUGGGGAUUUGGUAACGCCGAUUCAAUUCUCUUUCAGCUGGAGAAGGAAGACAAGCAGCAACAGCCUCCGUCUUACACUAGAGCUGCGUGCUUCACCAGAAAAAACAAAAGUGGUUUCAAGCUGAAAGCGGUUUUGUAACUGAAAGAGAGCAGCAGCCCAAAGAUUAUUUAUAAGAAAAAAGAUUAAUUCUUCGUAGUCGUUACAGAGAAACUACCAACAAUGAAUUCAUGUUUGGGUGGUGAUGAUCUGUACCAAGAGCUAUGGAAGUUAUGCGCAGGCCCGUUGGUGGACAUUCCUCGGGAUCACGAGAGAGUCUUUUACUUCCCUCAGGGUCACAUGGAACAAUUAGAAGCAUCAACUAAUCAGGAACUUAAGAAUCAACCCCCACUGUUUAAUCUUCCUUCUAAGAUCCUAUGUCGUGUUCUUCACGUCCAGUUACUGGCCGAACAUGAGACGGACGAGGCUUAUGCUCAGAUCACUUUGCAGCCUGAAGCAGAUCAAAGUGAACCUACAAGUCCUGAUCCUUGCCCAACUGAGGCUCCCAAGCAGACAGUUCAUUCCUUUUGUAAGGUUUUAACUGCAUCCGACACGAGCACUCAUGGAGGGUUCUCUGUUCUCCGAAAGCAUGCUACUGAGUGCCUGCCUCCUCUGGAUAUGAAUCAAACAACCCCUACUCAGGAGUUGGCUGCCAAAGACCUUCAUGGAUACGAGUGGCGGUUCAAGCAUAUAUUUAGGGGGCAACCACGGAGACAUUUGCUUACGACAGGAUGGAGCACCUUUGUCACUUCCAAGAGAUUGGUUGCCGGAGAUACAUUUGUGUUUCUCAGAGGUGAUAACAACGAACUAAGGGUUGGGGUUCGGCGGCUUGCUUGCCCACAGAGCAAAAUGCCUUCAUCUGUGAUUUCCAGCCAGAGCAUGCAUUUAGGAGUGCUCGCUACUGCUGCUCAUGCUGUUACAACACAAACCCUCUUUGUUGUGUACUACAAGCCAAGGACGAGCCAAUUCAUAAUAGGAGUAAAUAAGUAUUUAGACGCCAUGAAAAAUGGAUUCUCCGUUGGUAUGCGUUUUAAGAUGAGAUUUGAGGGAGAAGACUUUCCUGAGAGAAGGUUCACGGGUACCAUAGUUGGAGUUGGAGAUUUCUCCCCACAUUGGUCAGAAUCUAAAUGGCGGUCCUUGAAGGUUCAAUGGGAUGAACCUGCAAUGAUACAAAAGCCAGAUAGAGUUUCUCCAUGGGAAAUAGAGCCAUUUGUGGCUUCUGCUUCUAUAAAUCUUGUACAACCAGCUGUAAAGAGCAAAAGACCGCGACCUGUUGAUGUUCCAGUUUCAGAAAUUACUACAAAUUCAGCUGGUUUAGCCUUUUGGGGCCAUGGUUCAACCAAAUUUCAGGAGCUAACUCAAGUAGGAAGCACACUCGAAGUCCAAAGAAGUGAAAGCCAAGUUAUGUGGCCUAUGAGGCAGAAAGAAGCGGAUUACGGUCUUAUCAAUAGUAAUAGAGGUUAUAACUCGAGGAUUCGCCCUGAAAAUGCCUGGCCAUGUUCACCUCUUCUGAAUGUGUCUCUAAAUUCAUUGGGGGACAAAAACAAAACUAGAAUACCACAGGCUGUUGUCACGGAUCAUGCUUUUUCUUUUCAAUCCGGACCUAGCCAUGGCCAGAAGCAGGAGCAAGUUGAGAAAGGGAAAAAAUCUGAGACUUCCACAGGUUGCCGGUUGUUUGGGUUUAAUUUGACAGAUAGCACUAGUGCAGCUGCCCCCACGGACAAGGAACAAGCAACCACAACGGUCGGUCACAAUUGUGUUAGAGAAUCUCUUCCAGAUGUGUCUCAUACUGAUCAGAACCCUGAAACAGUGAAGUCUUUGAAGGAACUGAAGCAAGUUGCAUCAGAGACCUCUACCAAGGAGAUGCAAGCUAAGCAGGGUGCCUUUACUUCAAUGAGAACUUGUACCAAGGUACACAUGCAAGGGAUUGCAGUUGGUCGAGCUUUUGACUUAACUGUAUUGAAAGGAUACGAUGAUCUCAUUAAUGAGCUGGAAAAGAUGUUUGAUAUCAGUGGAGAGCUUUGCCCCAAUGGUAAAUGGUCUGUUUUUUUUACUGACGACGAGGGUGAUAUGAUGCUCGUGGGCGAUGAUCCAUGGCUGGAUUUUUGCAAGAUGGUGAGAAAGAUCUUCGUAUAUUCACGCGAAGAGGUGAAGAAUAUUAGUGCAAGAUGUAAAAUUGCGGCUUCAUCUUUGGUGGGUGAAGACAUUGAUUCAUAUCAUAGGUCUGAAACAUGAAAGACAGUUUGAAAACCCCUUUUUAUAUAUAUAUAUAUAUAUAUAUAUAUAUAUAUAUAUGGUUUUAUUUUGUUUUUGCUUAUUUUGAUUCGAGUAGUGAAUGAAAAGUUGCAUUAGGGAAAAGUGCAGGAAGUAGGAAUAUUUGUAGGUUUGGAAAUGGGAGGAC